CAUACCACCCAGUGUGUGUAUGCUCCAAGCUCCUCCGCAGUCCGUGUAAGCAGUGAGCAGUGCCCCUUUAUCGCCCAUUGUACGGGGAGUGCCCAGUGUUUAUUGCUGCGGGCUGUCUCCCAGAGAACCGGCGGCAUGGCUGACAGCAACAGAUGCUCCCGGAGGUGUGCGCUGCUUUUCCUGGGCUAUUUCGUGUACCUCCUGAUCGGAGCUGUAAUCUUCCGGACGCUGGAGUUGAAGGAAGAAAACAAACUCAAAACCAAGAUCUGGAAAGAGAAACUGGAAUUCCUGAAGAACUGCAGCUGCCUUUCUCAUGAAGUACUGGAGACUUUCAUGGAGGCAAUAACUGAAGCUAUAAAGCAUGGAGUGAAUCCUAUUGGAAAUGAUUCCAAAUCUUCCCACAGUAAUUGGGAUAUUAGCAGCUCUUUCUUUUUUGCAGCUACAGUGGUGUCUACAAUAGGCUAUGGAAAUCUCUCACCCACAACAGCUGGAGGUCAGAUCUUCUGUGUUUUCUACGCGCUCUUCGGAAUUCCCUUGCAUGUGAUUAUUCUUGGUGCUGUUGGCAAAAGUCUAUCUUCCCAUUCAGAAAAAAUUCGCAAUUGUCUGUUCAAGAGAGGAAUGAAACAGAAAAGAGUGGAGCUUUUAACAUUCCUGUUUUUUCUUGUGAUUGGUGCUGGAAUAUUCCUGGCCUUACCACCUCUAGUUUUUUGUUUUAUUGAGAAAUGGUCCUACAGGGAAGGAGUUUAUUAUGCAUUCAUCACUCUCAGCACCAUUGGUUUUGGUGAUUAUAUUGUGGGUGUCAACCCUCAUAUAAAGUACAGAAAAUUUUACCGGGCAGUGAUGGCAAUCUGGAUCCUCUUUGGCAUGGCAUGGUUGGCACUUCUGUUUAACUUACUGACCACCUUCAUGGAGGACACUGAGAAGAAAAUUGCACAAAUUAGGAAUAAAAAAAAAGAAGCAAAGGCAAAAAUGAUCUUUGGAUAUAAUGCAAAUGCAAAUUCGAGUUCAGAGGAUGUUUCCAUACUGUUGGAUUCAGAGACAGGUGUGCAGAAAGAGGUCCAGAAAUCUUACGAACAGGAAGAAUCAUUACAAGUUGAAUUGAAAACAGCAGCUUCAGAUUUUUCUCAAACAACGCCUGGGCAAGAAUCUUUGAAUGUGAAGAAUACAGACCAAGAAAUAUCACAAAUCAAUAUUCAUCCAAUUAUUCCAAAAUCUAGAAGGUCAUGUGUUCCUGAGUAGAAGAUAUCCAAAGUCACUGAUCAACAUUGCUGAGCAACAUUUAAAGCAACACUGGGAUAAAAAUUUGCGUUCACUGACUGGUGGUAAAUGAAUUGCCUUCCUAAUAUCGAACCUUGUCCAGUUAUUAUUUCCUCAGACAUCAAUAUAUCUUCUGCCCCAACAACAUAUCAGGAACAAGAUUAUGACUAAUUGUAUGUGGCUUAGAGGGACUCAUCAUAAAUUCAGUGGGUUGGACAUUUCUUUCUGCCUCCUUCUGAGUCUGAAAUGAUACUAUUUUCAAAUCAGGGAGUGAAAAAUGAGCUUUAAACUAUGUUCAAGCCUCAUUAAUAUUUGGACGUGCUAUUGGUGCCUGUCACGACAUGCUGCCCACCAUUUUAAGAACGUAAAUUUCAGUUUGUGAGGUCAGGGAUAGAGAAGAUAAUGUUUAGAACUGUUGUGAAAUCGGGGAAUACACUUGCUCUUUAUGGCUGCACAAAAAUUUAUUUCAUAAAAAUUUACUAACCAGCAAAGUAACCUUAGUGACUUCAAAUCUAUCCACAUAAAAGCAUAGUGUUGAAUAGUAUCUUCAGGUUUUUCCUUUUUUUUGGAAGGUAUAAGGAGGUUUACAAAUACAUUUGGUAUGCUGAGGUUUCUGACAGCACUGGCUGGAAACAGAUCUUAAAGAAAUGUAAAAUCAUAUUUAAGUCUCUUUAAAGUAUACCGCAGGUGAAUUUCCAUUCAUUAAGCAUAAAGCCACAUGUGCAGAUUUACAGAGUUCACAUUGCAAUUAUGAGGCAACUGUGCCAUACCUUCAGAACGUACUUUUUGAAUUACAGUCGGUUCUGAUGUAACGCCUUUGUUCCAUUCCCGUACAAUCUCGCAUUAUAAGAAAAUCGCAUAAUUGCCGCGCCAUCCAAACUUAUGGGGCUGGAAUCACGUUAAAGCCAAUAACGGUAAGGAAAGUUCAUGUUCUACAAAUAACAGUCUAAUUUCCAAAAACGCAUUAAAGAAACAUGUGUUAUAGUAGAACCAACUGUUUGCUAAUUGAAAGCCAUGAAAUGGACGAUAAUGCAAUAAUUAUUUGAUUGUUUACAUGUGAUUCAUUUCAUGUUACAAUAAGACGGUCAUUGAGUCAAUAUAUGGUUCAUGUAUUAUUAUAGAGAUUCAUACACCAUUACAAUAUGCUGUUAUAAUUUUCAUUUACA